UGGUUAUUCUUACUGGAGCAACUGAUGGAAUCGGAAAAGUUAUGGCCCGCACGUUAUCAUCCUACAAACCAAAGCGAUUGAUACUACCCAUUCGUAAUCGUGAAAAAGGCCAACUUUUAUUAGAUUACAUUCAAUCAUCAAAUGAUGGAAAAGUUGAAUGCAUUGAAUUGUGGGAUUUGGAUUUAACGAAACUUAAUAGCGUUAAAUCCUUUUGCGAUAAAUUUAUUAGCGAGGUUGAUGAAUUACAUUAUUUAUUUAAUAAUGCUGGUAUAGUGAAACCUAAUGCGCCUCCUACGAUGACAGUGGAUGGAUACGAAGAGCAAUUUCAG